GGGCAGCUCCAGACUCGGAGCCCGCGCGGUUGAGUGCGGGUAGUUUGGUGGGUGUUGCGGCCUCAAAAUGAGCGAGGCCGACGGGCUGAGGCAUCGCCGGCCCCUGCGGCCGCAGGUUGUAACGGACGAUGGCCAGGCCCCAGAGGUCAAGGACGGCAGCUCCUUUAGCGGCAGAGUUUUCCGAAUGACCUUCUUGAUGCUGGCUGUGUCUCUCACUGUUCCCUUGCUUGGAGCCAUGCUGCUUCUAGAAUCUCCCAUAGAUCCCCAGCCUCUCAGCUUCAAAGAACCCCCUUUCUUGCUUGGUGUUCUGCAACCAAAUACGAAGUUGCGGCAGGCGGAAAGGCUAUUUGAAAAUCAACUCAUUGGGCCAGAGUCCAUAGCAAAUAUUGGGGAUGUGAUGUUUACUGGUACAGCAGAUGGCCGGGUUGUAAAACUUGAAAAUGGGGAAGUAGAGGUCAUCGCCCGAUUUGGUUCAGGACCAUGCAAAACCCGGGAUGAUGAACCUGCGUGUGGGAGACCCCUGGGCAUCCGGGCAGGGCCCAAUGGAACUCUUUUUGUGGCUGAUGCAUAUAAGGGACUGUUUGAAGUAAAUCCCAGGAAACGUGAAGUGAAGCUGCUGCUAUCCUCUGAGACACCCAUUGAGGGAAAGAAAAUGUCCUUUGUGAAUGAUCUUACUAUCACCCGUGAUGGGAAGAAGAUUUAUUUUACAGAUUCCAGCAGCAAGUGGCAAAGACGGGAUUACCUGCUUUUGAUAAUGGAAGGCAGUGAUGAUGGGCGCCUGCUGGAGUAUGAUACAGAGACCAAGGAAGUGAAAGUUUUGUUGGACCAGUUGCGGUUCCCUAAUGGGGUCCAGCUUUCUCCCAAAGAAGACUUUGUCCUGGUGGCAGAGUUGACCAUGGCCAGGAUACGUAGAGUCUAUGUGUCUGGCCUGAUGAAGGGAGGGGCUGAUAUGUUUGUGGAGAACUUGCCUGGAUUUCCUGACAACAUCAGAGCCAGCAGCUCCGGAGGGUACUGGGUUGCCAUGUCUGCCAUUCGCGCAAACCCUGGCUUUUCCAUGUUGGAUUUCUUGUCUGAGAAACCUGGCAUUAAAAGAGUGAUUUUUAAGCUGUUCAGUCAGGACACGGUGGUGAAGGCUGUGCCACGGUAUAGCCUCGUCCUAGAACUCAGUGACAGUGGUGCCUUCCGGAGAAGCCUUCACGAUCCUGACGGGCUGGUAGCCCCCUACAUCAGUGAGGUGCAUGAGCACAAUGGUUACCUGUACCUGGGGUCCUUCAGGUCUCCCUUCAUCUGCAGACUCAGCCUCCAGUCAGUUUAGCCAGUGCAGCAGCUCUCCUUGCCACAUGUGCUAGAUGUUGCUGCUGUUGGCCACCAUACCUGGUCCAGGAAGAACUAUAGAUCCAGUUCUGUUCUGUAUAUCCAUCAGCCCUAAGGGUUGUGGUGGGAACAGCUGCAACUCCGAGGAUGUGCAGGCCCAGAGUGGCACCCCUCACCUUUCAAUUUCACCUUUUGAGGGACCAUGUUCUGUCAUGGGGAAGACAAAUUCAUGUAAAGCCAUUUUCUUUUAAAAAUGAAGCUAAGUACAAUAAUCUGUAGGGCUUGUGAAACUUCAUGCACUUUUAGCAGGGCUCAGGGUUUAGUGGAUAGAGCAGGAGGUGAGCUGCCCAGGGAUCUUAUUCUUGUUACUGACUCUGUUCUGCUGCUGGCUUAGGUGUCUUUAUUCUUAAGAUUAUUUUGUGGGGAGAGAAGGGUGGCAUGGAAGGAUGGGAAGCCCAACAUAAGGUGGUAACUAUCCAAGCAGAGGCAGAUUUGUGUUCUCAGGGGUUGUGUGGGAUGCUGGCCUUUGGGUUCCACAGUGGAGGGACAGCCCUGUACCCUCCAUAGCUGUCCCCACGCUCUCCACCUGUGGUGGCCUGGCAUCUGUUCAUGCCAAAGGUUUUCAGGGCUCCUGAAUAAAUGUCCAGAAAAAAGAGCAAAAAUUUCAGUGGAGGGCUUUUUCUGUGAAUACCAUCCCCACUAUCCAGAAGUGCAUUUAGGAUAUCAUUUCUGUACCUUCAUUCUCCAUCUGUACACCCACAGAUGUGAGUAGUUCACGUGUUGAUGUUGUGUUUGUGCUAGUGUUAAUAAAGCCCUGCCAAGUUGCUGA